AUCGUUCUUAUAUGCGACUAACAGAAAAGGAAGAUGAAUCACUACCAAUAGAUAUAGUUCUUCAGACACUUCUGGCCUUUGCAGUCACCUGUUAUGGCAUAGUUCAUAUCGCAGGGGAGUUCAAAGACAUGGAUGCCACUUCAGAAUUAAAGAAUAAGACAUUUGAUACCUUAAGGAAUCACCCAUCUUUUUAUGUGUUUAACCAUCGUGGCCGAGUGCUGUUCCGGUCUUCGGAUGCAACAAAUUCUUCAAACCUCGAUGCAUUGUCCUCUAACACAUCGUUGAAGUUAAGAAAGUUUGACUCACUGCGCCGUUAAGCUUUUUACAAAUUAAAUAACAGGACAGAUACAGAAUUGAGUAUUGGAGUUUGGGGUGUAAAACACUCCUCCCAACAUCAGUAUUUAUAUUGCUGUUUCAGAGCUAGUUAAAAUAAUCUAUGGCCCUUGUUUGUACAUUGUUGAUCAAAUUAAAUGGUGUAUAAGUUAUCUGUGAAAUGAGUCUUUGAACUUUCGUAUAAAGUUUUUGUUCAUUUGAAACAGUUCUCAUGUUUUGUAAAAGUCACUGUUUCGAACACAUUUCCCUGAAAAAAAUGUUAGGAUUUUCAUGAUUAUUUAUUUUCAAAGAUUUUUUUCUUUUGCACUACAGAUUUUAGGAAUCCUAGGAAAUCAUGUAAUACCUGCAUUUUGCAGCACAGGACUCAAAUGGUCUUCAGUUCUUAUCAGACCAACUUCUUUAAGAAGACCAAAAUGGUGACUUCACAGUUUUUUUUUGGGGGGGUCCCCUAAAAAGUGACUCUACUUUUACAGAUACUUGCCAAUUUUUACUUUAUCAAUGGUUUCUCUCUGGACCCAAGUCCCAGAUACCUUUUAACAUCAGCUGUCUUGUGUCAUCACUUCUGAGACUCUGUGUGCAGUGAGCAAUUUUUGUGUCUGAAAUUCUAUCAUAACAUAUGUAUUUAACAAAUUCAUCAUGCUGUAAAAUUACUCAUGUUGUUUUAUUGUAAAAAUUUCAUUGAGUGUAUAAUGUAAGACUAGUUGAAAGUAGACCAAAAAGACAAUUUGUAAUUUCAUUAUCUUGCCUAUGUAGAAUAGUAUCAAUUGAGGAAAACUGAUCAUCAUUAGCCAGUUUCAUUCAAAGUCUAUUGGUUUAUUUCAUACUAAACUAGUGAAUUAGUAAAAAAGAAAGGAAACGUCUCAUUUAAUCUAAAGGCACAUGCAAAGAAAUCGAGCCAAAUAUGUUCUAAAUAUUUGGAGUUAAUCACUUUAAAUUCUCUUAGAAAAAUUAAGGUCAUCUAAGAAGUUGUUUUGCAGCUUCUGACCAAGAGCUGGCUUGGAGUUUUCCAUCUUCACUCUAUGGUGCUGAAGGUGAGGAUAAGGACAUGGCAUUGAAUGUUUUUCACAGGCACUAAUUUUACUCUUAGGAAAAUUGGAGUAGCUUUUUCAGCUAGAAAACUAAGAAGCUCAACAUUACUUUGUAGAGAUCAUUGCUCUCCACAAGCAUGAACACAUUACUUUUGUUAAAUUAUAUAGGUAUAAAGGGAAUUACUGCAGAUUUUGAUAGGAAACCCACCUGAAGCUUUUUGUUUGUUUCAGGCAGGGUCUUGAUAUCAGGAUGCUCUUUUACUUGGAGUUUUUUUUUUUUUUUUUUUUUUUCAUUAGGAUGAUGCACAGCCUCAAAGGACAAGAUUAUUUUGUCAUUUAUUUGUUUCUGUUGUUUUUGUUGUUUGUUUGUAAACAGGAUUUUAUAUAACCUGAGCUAGCCUCAAACUCACUUAUGUAGCCAAGGAUGAUCCUUAUGCCUCCACCUCCUCAGUGCUAAGGUCAUAGGUGCUGCCAUUCUAUCUGGUUUUCUAGGUCCUGGGGACUUGACCCAAGUCCUUAUGCAUGCUAGGCAAGCACUGUACCAGCUGAGCUAUAUCCCGGGCCCUUGAUGUUGGAUUGUGAUUUUUUAGUUUUAUUUUGCUACCUAAAUCUAUGGAAUACUGACUCUGUUCUCUACUGAGAACAAACUCAGAAAUCAGCUGAUUGCCUAUAAUAAUUUAGAAAUAGGCUAAAAAUGGGUGUGGUGGCAUGUGCUUGUAAUCCCAGCACCUAGGAGGCUGAAACAGGAUCACAAGUUUAUGGCAAAUCUGAGCUAUAUUAGUGAAUCAUUGUCUUAACUCCAGGCUCCUAAAAACCUGAAUCCAAGGACUAAGGUGAUAUAAUGGAAUGAAAAUGGCAUGCAGAAGCUUUUCUGCCAUUCUUCACAACUAUUACUUGAUUGAAGAGCCUCUUGUUUUUUUUUUUUUUUUUCUCUUUGAGGGCUGUUUUCUCCUCUUAAUGUGUUUUCCUAGCAACGUUACUGAUAAUUAAUCUACAUUCUUUUUAAUUUCAUUCUUUAAAGGGUAUAGUUGCCAGCUGUGGCUCAUGUCUGUAACCCUAACACUCAGGAGGUCAAGGCAGGAAAGUUGUCAUACAAGUUCAAGGCCAGAUUAAAAUACAUAGUGAGACUUACCAUUAAAGAAGUUAUACAAAUUUAAAAGGGCAUAAUUAAAUAACUUUAUUUACUCACAAAAUUGUGUAACCACUUGAUAAAUCUAGGCCAUUUCACUACCCUCAACGAAAUCCUGUAUUCUUUAGUUGUCACCUCUAAUUUCCUCCCAGUGUGUCCCGCCUAAGUCCUAGGAAACCAAUAGUCUAUUAUAUGUAUAAUCUUAUCAUUUACCAUAAAUGAACUGAUGCAAUAUUUAGUCAUCUGCAACCAGUCUCCUAAAUGUGGUUUCCUAUGUGGAGUGAAUGUUCAACUUGAGAACCCAGAACCCAAUACAGUGAAAGGAAAUGAUUGGGAAGCUGGAAUUGUAAAUCUGUUAGAAUGCUUGCCUAGCAUGCACAAGGUCCUAGGUUCAUCCAGAGUAUCACAGAAAAAGUAGUUGGUAAAUCAAUGGAUUUAAAGAGGGAAAGCCAGAUACCUCACAGAUUUCCUGGUUAAUCUUAUUAUAUAGAAUAGUUUUCCUCCUAGCCAAACAUCCUUUCUGUACUACUGCUUCUAACAUUCAUUCUAGGUUCUUCUUUCUUUUCUUUUCUUUUUUUUUUUUUUUUUUUGGAUUUUUGAGACAGGGUUUCUUUGUGUAGCCCUGGCUGUCCUGGAACUCACUCUGUAGACCAGGCCAGCCUCAAACUCAGAGAUCCACCUGCCUCUGCCUCCAGAGUGUUCAAAAGCAUGCACCUGCCACCACCCAGCCUAUUUAGUUUCCACAAUGGAUAUUAAAAUUUAUUCUUACCUACCCAGGCAAUAAAAUCAUGCUAAAAACAAUGCUGAAAAUUUAGCAAAAAAAUUGACAUGGUAAAUUUAGACAUGUCCACCUUUGUGGACAGCUUGUAUACCUCAGACCAGAUAAAUACCCCAUUUUGUUUUAAUUUGACUUCAUCGAAUUUCUGCUAUCUUCUUGAACUAUGGUACUAUAGGACUAAAUCAGAUUUGGGUGCAUUGUGGCAGUGCUAAGUGUGUUCAGUACAGUACAGAAUUUUAUUUACAGUACUGUGUGAUAGUCCAUUACUGCCUAGGGUAGUUGAAAAACUGUGAUAUGGUAUAGUGCUAGGUAAGCCUAUAGCUGACAUGACCUCAGUGACACUCAAUAAUAGACAUACACUCAUUCAGAGUUUUUCAGAAUGCAGGAACACACUUCAUAACCAGGGAACUAGCCAAAUCCUAUGAGCUAAUACCUCAGCUACAGGGAAUAAAGAUUAUGAAUUGAUGGCAAGUAUGCACAGUAACUACCGAAUAAUUGCUUCCUAAGCACUUGUGGCAUACUGUUGAAUGAUAUAACAGCAUCUUCCUGGCUGGACUUUACCUGUUUCCACGAUGUAUCAGUUACUGUUGUUUGUGAGCCUUGAUGCCUGUAACAUCAAUAAACCCGUUUUUAGAUAUAUUUUCUCUCUCUAAAUGACCUUUCCUUGUCCAAUAAAUAAGUGAUUGUCUCACCUU